AAGAUUCUGAUCGUGAAGAACAAAAAAUGUUAGCUGAAGAUCUUUUAAAAGAUUUAUAUAUUCAAAUUAAACAAGAUUUAGCAUUUCCCGAAGAUAUUCAAGAAAUAUUACCUAUCUUGAAUGAAGAAGACGAUGAUAUAUUUGCAAAAAUGUGA